UUUUUUGUCACAGGAUUUCAAGACAGCGUCAAUAUUUCUCUGCUUGCACUGGCCAUAGCUGACCUCUGCUGCGUCACACUGUCCCUCUGGUCAUCGAUAUGCAGCGUUUUCCUUAGGGUACAGCCACGUGACUUCAUCUUUGAGCUCUACAGCCUUCUCAUCAUGACCGCUAAUCUGCCCAGAGUGAUCUUCUCCAGGGUGACGUGCUGGAUCACGGCGCUCAUCGCCCUGGAGAGGUGCAUCUGCGUCACUCUGCCUUUCAGGGUCAAGGUCGUGUUCACGCCGAGGACGACGCUGGCCACCACGGUCGCCGUGUUCCUCGUCACCCUCGCCGGCCACCUGUCCAUCUACGAGGCGAGGUACUGGACGGCCCGUUUGGACAGGAGCUCAAACGCCACCAAGUAUUACAUGGUCAUCUUCAGCUCCGGCUGGACAAGUCACUUAACGUCGCUGUUGUUCCUGGCCCUGCCCAUAAUUAAUAUUUUAACCGUGAUGAUAUGCACGCUUGUUCUAACUGUGAGUCUCAGCGCGUCAUCAAAAUGGCGUGAAAGCGCCACUACCUCCAACUGUCCUGGCGCCCAAUAUUUUGACUCCAAUCCGGCCAAAUCCAAACAAAUUAAACGUGAAAGAAACGGUUAUAAAGGGAAGCCUAAAAACCUCAACAAGGAGAUGAGGGUGUCAAAAAUGAUUUUGAUCCUCACUCUGAUAUUCAUCGCUUGUAACUUACCGAGCAACAUGCUCAUAGCCACACGAAACAUGGUUCCAGCAUUCCAGGAAAUCGGGAAGCUCCAAAAUCUUUUUCGAGCCACGCAUAUCUUCGCCUUUCUGCUGGAGACGAUCAACUCGUCUGUAAAUAUCUUUGUGUAUUAUAGAAUGGGGUCAAAGUUCAAGACAGAGUUUUUAAACAUAAUG